CUCUCUCUCUCUCUCUCUCUCUGUGUAUAAAUAUUUCUUAUCAAAUCUCUGGUUCAAAAUCUCUCAUCGAUUCAAUUGAAGUUUCAUAUUCAGCUCCUUGUUUCAGUAAAUUAUAAUGAAAGCAGAAGAUCAAGUAGAAGUCGGCAUCUAUCCUUCUUCUUUUUCUUCUUCCCUCUCCUUAACAAAAUGGUGGUCAAAGGAGACAGUAGCCAUAGUAACCGGAGCGAACAAAGGGAUCGGAUUUGCUGUGGUGAAGAGACUUGCAGAGCUGGGAUUGACUGUAAUUUUAACAGCCAGAGAUGUGGAGAGAGGAGAAAAAGCAGUUGAUUUACUGAGAAGGCAAGGGCUUCUCCAUGUGAGCUUCUGUCAACUGGAUGUUUCUGACUCUUCUUCUAUCAGAACCUUCGUUUUAUGGUUCAAAAACAAGUUUGGAGUCCUGGAUAUUCUUGUGAAUAAUGCAGCAGUAUCAUUCAUGACAUUGGAAAACUCAGUGGAGCAUGCAGAGAUGUAUGAAAACUAAUUUCUAUGGGCCAAGCUUCUCACUGAAUCCCUCUUGCCCUUCUUGUCUAUCUCCUUCCAAAGCUCGAAUACUCAACUUAGCUCAAGACUUGGCUCAUUAAGUAAAGUGAGAAACCCUAACAUAAAGCAAAUUCUUCAACAAGAAGACCUCUCAGAGGAUCAAAUUGACCAAAUUGCCAAAUUAUUUCUCCAAACUGUGAAGAAUGGGACAUGGGAGAGCCAAGGCUGGCCAAAACUAUGGACAGAUUAUGCAGUCUCAAAGCUUGCCCUAAAUGCAUACUCUAGGGUUUUGGCAAAGCGUUACGAAAAAAAGGGAAUCAGUGUAAAUUAUUACUGUCCUGGCUUCACACAGACGUCUAUGACUCGUGGUCAAGGCACUCAUUCUGCAAAUGAUGCUGCAGAAGUCGUCGCAAGGCUCGUUUUGCUUCUUCCUGAAGAGCUCUCAACAGCUAAAUUCUAUAUAGGGUUUAACCCAUUUGUUAAAUCUAAAUUAUAAGAUGUAUUGGAUCGUUACGAACUAGUUAAAAUAAUUUUUGUGAUCAAGUGAUUGCAUAAUGUCUUCAAUGUAAACUGUGUUGAAGACGAUCGUUGUGAAUUAUUCUAUUUAGGGUUUGGUCCAUAUGUUAAGUCUAAGUUAUAGAAGAUGUAUUUG